AAAACCAAUACCUCUCUCUCUCUUCCCCCGGUUCUCUCACCUCUCUCUUUCUCUCACCUCAUCUCUCUCUCUCUCCAGCACUUCAAACUCCUCUGGUGCUUCCUCUCUCUCUAUCUCUCUCUCUAUUCCUGCUUAAAGUUCGGAUUUUUAAGAGCUCAUCGAAGCUCGACCCGACCCGGGAGAUGGAGUCGUCGCCGAACCACCAGGAGAGCUCGAGCCCGCCGUCGCUCCUCCCGUCGCCGACCAGCCACAGCGUCACCACCACCAGCAGCAGCAGCUCCAACACCAAUAGCCCAAGAACCGCCCCCUCGCCCAAGCCCCUGACCCGAUCCGAACCCGCCAACCCCUACCCGACCACCUUCGUCCAGGCCGAUACCUCCUCCUUCAAGCAGGUCGUCCAGAUGCUCACCGGAUCCCCCACCACCGCCUCCUCCGCCUCCGCCUCCGCCGCCGCCGCCGCCUCCAAGCCCGACCCGUCGCCGCCCUCCGCCUCCAAGAUCCACAACCCCCCCAUAAAGUCGAUGCCCAAGAAGUCGAGCUCCGGAUCCGGGUUCAAGCUCUACGAGCGCCGGAACUCCCUCAAGAACUUCAAGAUCAACCCGCUGGUCCCCUUCUCGGGCCAGGCCGGCCCCGGGUUCUCGCCGCGGAAGCCGGAGAUCCUCUCCCCGAGCAUUCUCGACUUCCCGUCCCUCGUCCUCAGCCCGGUGACCCCGCUGAUUCACGACCCGUUCAACCGAUCGUCGGCGGCGGCGGCGGCGGCAAAUUGCGCCCCCGACGAGAGGACCGAGAGCCCCAGCCUGGAUCCCGAGGCGGAGGAGCGGGCGAUUCGGGAGAAGGGUUUCUUCCUGCACCCGUCGCCGGCCACGACGCCCCGCGAGGCCGAGCCGCGGCUGCUGCCGCUGUUCCCGGUCUCCUCGCCGAGGGUCUCAGGUUCCUCUUCUCAUUGAAACGAGCUCGUGCGAAGUGAGAAACAAUCCGGGUGGGUUAAAAAUGAAAAAAGAUUUUUAAAUUUUGUGUAAGAAUUGUUAUAUGCUUUUGGUGGUAAAUUAGCUGUGAGGAAGAGGAUGAGGAUGAGGAUGCUGAAAUUUGUAACCAGAUUGUUUGGAAGAGAAAUUGAGAAGAAUUCUUGCUUCGA